CCGGCAAGGAGAGCAUGUCUGCUUUUGUAUUACCCGAGGUCCCCGAUCAGGUAUAAAGCGUCGGUCAUAAGGUCAAAAUGGAUGAGACAGACAAAGACAUAUCCCCUCAUUACAAAAUCCAACCUGUCGUACCACAAGAUGGCGUUUCAAAGGGAGAGAACUCUGCGUACAAGCCGGGCUGCCUUCAGAAGUACACGUCCGCCCGGUGGGUACUUGCCUACCAAGUGUGCCUGGCCUACCUGUUCUACAUGACGCUGCCGCACGCUAUGGGCUUCGCUAUCGUGUGCAUGACAACACGUGAUAUUAGCUACAAUUUCAACAGCUCUGACAGCUUCAAUAUGUCAAACAUAACUAAUAGUUCUUUAGAUAUGCCAGAGUUCCAGUGGGACAGUUCCAUGCAAGGCUUAAUUCUCGCCUCCAAUUUCUUUUUGGCUACGUUGUCUCCCCCGAUAGGUGGCGCUCUCUGUCACAGGUUCGGCGGCAAGAUGGUUGUGCUGAUAACGUACUUCAUCUGCGCAGUCUGCAGCCUGUUGACACCCCUGGCGGCGAGAACACACCUCGUCUUCCUCAUCACUGCAAAAAUAGUGCAGGGAUUCUGCGGGAACAUGAUCUUCCCAGCAACAAAUGACCUCUGGUCAAGAUGGACCCCUGGUAGAGAAAAAGUACAACUGGUCUCCAUCGGAUUUUCAGGUGGGACGUUAUCCCAGAUCGUGUUGUUCACGAUGUCCGGCUACCUCUGUACCCUGUCCCUUGAUAACGGCUGGCCAUUCAUCUUUUAUGUAACAGGUGGCGCAUGUGUGGUGUGGUGUGGCAUGUGGUGUCUGACGGUAUUUGAUUCCCCGGAUGUUCACCCGAGAAUUUCAUUUAAAGAGAGGCAGUACAUCAACAACACCCGAGUGGGCGUGGUCAGACGUCACGAUGAGAAGAUCCCAUGGCGAGCGAUAGCUACAUCACCGCUUUGUUACACGAUCAUGGUGGUCAUGUUCGCCCACCAAUUUACAAUGGUCACUUUCGUGGCCUUCACUCCAGCCUACAUGAACCUGGCCCUCAAGUACAGCAUCCCUGAGAGUGGUGUCAUGUCGGCAGUGCCUUACAUUGGUCGCUUCACAGCAUCGUACUUCUGGGGUUUUUUGUCAGACAAGCUUCGAACCCGUCUGUCUACCACCAGUGUAAGGAAACUCGUUCAAGUUGUAGGAUUCGGUGUUGCUGGUGCUCUAACUGGUGGACUGGGUUACGUGACUGAAGACACGCGGGUGGUGGCAGUAUGUCUGCUCACUGUCAUCAUGUUCUGCCACUCAUCAACGCUAUCAUCCAAUGCCCAGCUUCCACUAGACAUAGCUCCACAGUUUGCAUCGAUUCUCACUGGGCUGAUGUUUGGCGUGGGAAACCUUGGUGCCACCGUGUCUCCACUGAUCACCGCUUACAUCAUCCGUGACAGGACCAUGGAACAAUGGCGGACGCUUUUCUACCUCAAUAUGGGCGUAUUUCUAGCUUCCGGUGUUGCAUUUCUUCUGUUUGCAAGUGGAGAUAUACAGCCAUGGGCAGAUAACACUGUUCACGAAGAAAGGGAGUUGAAAGAAAAGCAGCCAUUGAAAACAGGGGACGAUAAUGUCAUUGAGGCGAACAAGGGAGAUAUGUGACAAAUACUGUGGAAAUAUUCCGCCUGUCGAUCAUCUUACGACGUCUUCCAACAUACGUGAAGGUCUCCCAAGGCAAAUUUAGUAUUUGUUGCCUAUGUUUUGUGAAAUACAAGGUAUGCGAACCUGUUGCCAUCGAUCUUCCAUAGCAACCUAUGUAAACGUGUGACACCUGUUUACCGUAGAUCAAAAAUACCACAAACUGAGUCAAUGCUCUUUGAUAAUGAAAAUUUAAGUGUAGUGUUAUGAGAGAGUGCGUGAGUGAGUGAGUGAGUGAGUUUGUUUUUGCGCCGCUUUGAAAAUCAUUAUGUCAGUUAUUUCACGGCGCUUCAGCUCGACGAGGAAAGAAAUUUCGAAGUGAUGUAUAUCUUUUACCACUUUGAAACAAAUGAACACGGGUAUUUUGUUCAGAUAUGUAAAUACACAAGCAGGGAAAACUUGUUUUCUGGCAAGCGGACAGGAAGCAAUUGUAUUGAGUUUGUACAUUUAAUUUUCAAAUGUUUGUAUAGACACCUAUUUGUACCAGAUGCCAUGGUGAUACUCCACGUUGUCCAGCUCCACAUAUUAAAGUUUGAAGCUUCUUCUCAGCAUUGCCGUUUGCAUUUAAAGCACAUAAUAUUCAUAUAUCCAAGUAAGGAUAAGAUACAUGGAUAAACUUCUGUAUUACAAUAAGGAGCGAUGUUUCGGUGUUGUUCAUCCAUAUCCUUACUUAGUAUUUAGUACUCAAACUUCUAAAUGCCUCUUAAAAAGGUUACAUUUAUCCAGUGGUGCUAGCUCGUAAACCUUAACUUACCUGCAUGUUAUCAUUCGUGACCAUUCACGUAAUUCUUGGACGCACCGACUGUUUACGAAAUGGGCGGGCGGUGACAAAUAGUAUAUCUUACUUCUGAAGCAUGUAAUCUGUCAAGGACCGUAUCCAACAACCGACCAGUUUAAACAAAGCAUGUUGUUAUUUCAAACAUUCAUGUGAUCAAUUAAAAUGUUAUAAUAUUCCUGGAGGAAAUAUCAGUUUUCACACAAGAGUGAGUGGAUAGGAUAGGAUAAGUUUUAUUCCAUACUGAAAGGCCUCAGGCCCAUAGUACAAUUCUGUUUUCCGAAGAGUGAGUGAGUGAGUUGGGUUUA